GCUCUGGCCAAAGCACCCGAUGUGAGAUUCCAAUCCAUUGAUGCCAAGCUCUCCAAUGCCUUGAGGAAAGUCAUUGACAAUGCUGGGGACAAGUCCAUGCAAGUGAAGUAUGACAUGUCCAUGAAGAACCAAUUGUAUGGGAGAAGUGGGGACUUCAUCAAGGGACGAGAACUAUUUGCAAUGAUAUUGAGUAGCUUCAAGUCACCUGACCACACUGAAGUUCUCUACAAUGCCCAUCAUUUGUAUAUGUUCAACUACUAUGGAGAUGACCAACUUGAGGCCUUCUACAACAAGUGGCUUGACAUCGUAUACAAUAUGAAACAUGAUGAUCUGCCUUCCAACAAUUCCCUGCGCGACACAUUGUUCCGGAAGAUUGAACAUUCAAAGCUUAUGGCCUUCGAUAUCAACCGAUACAAAACCUUUGAUGAAGGGCAUCAUGAGAAGACCUAUAGUUACCUAACUGGUAUGAUCAAGGGAUACAUAGCACGAGGGAAGCAAGAACGACUGUUGAAGGAUAGAGAACGUGCAGUGAAACUGUCAUUGUCCUCUAACAAGACGACGCCUGCCUUAGAAGAUGCAGACAAGCCUGCCGCUCCCGUCAAGACCAAGAAGGAGAAUGAAGCAGCUGCAUCGUCUACAGGUGAUCCUCCCAAACGCCCUAAGGCGAAAGCGAAGAGUGAAGCUGCAUCAGUACUUCCUACACCUUCUCCGAAAUCCCAUGCCGACAAGAACAACAAGAAAGGCAAAGGUGGGAAGGGAAGAUCAUCUUCACCCGUUGACAAGAAGAAGAUUUUCUGCAACUACUUCUUCAAUAAGGGAGGAUGCAACAAAGGUGACAAAUGUCUUUACAGUCAUUCUCAGAAGGUCUAUGAUGCCAAGAUGAAAGGCAAGAAAGGCAGAAGCGGAAGUCGAGAUUCAUCAAGAGGGAAAGGUAGAGGAAGUUCAUCUUCAGCUGGACCCAAAAAGAAGGAUAUCUUCGACAAAGACAAAGAUCCAGAAGAGAUGACCCUCCAGGAAUUGAUCGAC